AAUGGUCAAGAGGCUUUGGGUUGGAGUAUCAGUUGCAGAGCUUCAAUCGUCUAGUUAACCACGCAGUGGCAGCCCAGUGAAGAUGAAAUUUUUUGCAAUUCUCAGCAUAUCGCUGGUAGCGAGCCAACUAGUUAACGCGGACGUUAGCCAUCUGUCUAACAACCAGUACCUACCACCCAGUCAAGAUUCGCAUCACGUUUCGGUCGACACCGCUGUUGCGCCCUAUCAACCACCGGCUCAACAGCAACAGGAGCAACAGGAAUACCAACACCCCCCAAAGAGCUUUCUAUCCAACGGCGUUGAGAUUACCAGAUCAAUUCCAAUUGCCAGCUUUUCGCUAAGCAACACUGUGCCGACACAACAAACAAGCUAUGCGCAAGCACCCGUUUACGCUCCUGUGCAAUCGCAUGCUCAAAGUGGAGCUGGCUCUUUCAACUAUCAAGCGCCACAAAGCAAUUAUGAGGCACCACAGAACUAUCAGCCACAACCACAACAACAGUCUGGACUUCAACAAUCUGCUGGGCAACAAAACGAUGGCUCUUACAACUAUGGCUCGCCUGCACCAGCACCAGCACCAGCUCCAGUACAGCAAUCUUACGCUGCCCCUGCACCGGCACCGGCUCCUGUUCCAGCACCAGUCCAACAAAAUGAUGGCUCUUACAACUACGGCUCGCCUGCACCAGCGCCGGUACCAGCUCCAGUACAGCAAUCUUAUACUGCUCCCGCUCCAGCUCCCGCACCUCAGCAAUCAUAUGCCGCUCCAGCUCCAGUAGAGCACAAUUAUGCUGCUCCUGCUCCAGCACUUCAAUAUAGUUCCGGACAACAAAAUGAUGGAUCUUAUAACUACGGUUCUCCAGCACUAGCACCCGAACAACAAUCGUAUGCAUCGCCUGCACCAGCACCCGCGCCAGCACCAGCUCCCGUGCACCAAGCACAGUUUUCGGGCCCCUCAUAUUCUUCAGGCGGACACCAAAAUGAUGGUUCUUACAGUUAUGGUGCCCCAACACCAGUAGCAACACCUAUUCAAAAUUAUGAGUCACCAGCUCACUCUGCAGCACCAAGCCAAUCUUAUUCCGGUGGAGAUCAACAAAGCUAUUCGGCACCACCUCAACAAUCUUAUUCAGCACCUGCCCCAGCUCCAGCAUCGGCUCCUUUACCUGAGCCUGCACCACAGUCAUACUCUGCCCCAGCUCCAGCCCUUCAAGUAUCCAACGAAUACUUACCUCCAGCUCCAAAGCCCGGCAGCUACAACCCCCCACAGCAGUCCUAUGCUGCACCUGCUCAGCAGUCUUACUCUGCACCGGCCCAACAGAAUUAUGCACCGGCCCCACAAGUUUCAAACGAAUACCUACCACCUGCAUCAGCACCAGCCUCAGCCCCAGCCCCACAAACUUAUUCAGCUCCGCAACAGGAAGGUCCAAGAGAGACGGUUCAUGAGCAUGGACAAAAUCUAUCCGGUGGAGAUAAUAUAAGUCAAUCUGUGGUACAAACUUCCUCAGGUUAUCAAGGCGAAAGUGUUGCUGCAGUUCCAACUCCAAGCCAGCAGACUUACGAAGCUCCAGCCGCAGCCCCUGCUCCUGAAUAUUUACCACCACAACAAUCUUACUCGGCUCCGCCUCAGCAAUCUUAUUCAGCUCCGGUUCAACAGUCGUACUCGGCUCCGGCUCAGCAGUCUUACUCAGCUCCAGCUCAACAAUCGUACUCGGCGCCAGAUCAACAGUCACACUCGGCUCCUGCCCCAGCGCCAGUACAGCAGCAAUACUUACCUCCUGCACCUGAAAAACUACCACUUUUUACUCCAGCACAGGGUAACCAAGACUAUUCCUCUCCUUCGCAAGGUCCAGUUCAACAAUCACACUCGACGCCGGCACAAGAGUCCUACUCUGCCCCAGCUCCAGCUCCUGUUAGCAAUGAAUACCUCCCACCAGCUCCAGUGAAACAAGCUGUGUUAGCACCGGCACCCGCUCCAACUCCUGUUGCUCAUCAGUCUUAUUCGGCCCCUGCACCCGCUCCAGCUCCAGUACAGCAGGUGCAACAAUCCCAUGCUGCUUCAGUACAACCCGUAGUCAAUCAACAGCCUUAUACAGCUUCAUUCCCAGCUCCGGCACAACAGUCGUAUUCCUCUCCAGCUCCAGUUAACAAUGAAUAUCUACCACCGGCUUCCGCACCAGCUGCCCCAUCUUACCAAGCACCAGCAGCUCCUUCUUAUUCUGCUCCAUCAAGCCCAUCUUACUCGGCUCCAGCAACCCCAUCUUACUCGGCUCCAGCAGCCCCAUCUUACUCGGCUCCAGCAGCUCCUUCUUACUCGACUCCCGCAGCCCCAUCUUACUCCGCACAAGCGGGCCCCUCUUACUCAGCUCCAGCAGCUCCUACAUACUCUGCUCCUGCUCCACAGUCUUACUCAGCACCAGCUCUACAGUCUUACUCGGCGCCAGCUCCACAAUACCCUUCAGUUAGUCAGAAAUACUUGCCACCAGCAACGCAGAGCUACUCAGCUCCAGCACCAGCUCCAGUCCAAACUAACAGCCACGCGGGUGGCGCUGUUUUAAGCCAAACCAUCGAGCAAACGUCUUCAGGCUACCAAUCAGGGAGUAAUUCUCAAAGCCAAGCGCCUCAAUACGAAACUGCCUCUGCUCCAGCAUUGGCUCCACAAGCUGGUCAAAGCUUUCACCCAUCGUCGCCGGAAGUAAGCAAUCAAGACUCUGGCACCGAAUAUGGCAGCAAUGGCGGUUACGUUUACAGAAAAGUGAAAUAAACUGUAAAGCCGAUGGAAAGUGGCGGCUGGCCGACAGUGGGAUGAAGUGUGAGCGGACCAAACAGCUGUUGUUGCCGCUCGUUUUCGUAGUUUUUAGUAUUCGAAUUUGCAUUUAAUCAUCUUAAUAGCUUUUUAUAGCAUCUUAUUGCCAUGAUGUCAGCGCCGUGCUGUCAAUUUGUUGUACCAUAAUAAUUUUGGUUAAUACUGUUAUUACCUCAUUUGUAAAUAAAAACUUAUCGCGUUAAUAAUAUUCACACAUAUAUGUACAUAUAUAACAAA